AGGAUCCAACAGGCGCAUGGGAAGACUCGGAUGAUGAGAAAGUUUGUGUAUCAUUACAAAGUAAAAAUAUAUUAAAAAAAUUAAGAAAAGAUGAAGAUGAGGAUGUUAUAUCCGGUGAUCAAUAUGAGAAGCGACUAAGACAACAAUUUGAGAAACUAUACCCAACGCCUAAUUGGGCCACU